GAGUAGCCUACUAGUCUAGAGAGGGAGGAGCUCGCGCCCUACCUUUGGUCCAUCAAGGGAUUCAUGUGGAGAUAAGCUGUCGGAAAACUUUUUCUACUUGGAUAUCCAUGACAUUUACCAGGGGGAGAGUGAGAGGAUUCCAAGAAUCGGAUCAUGUUCAAGGCAGUGCUGAAGAAGAACAGAGACGGAGGGAAGGGGAGCAAGAAGGAGCCAGCGGGUGAUCUCCACAGUGCCCAGCGAAGGUGCCCGCCAGGCGGAGGUGCACCCCAAAUCCAUGAGCCUGGCAGCCUCCACCAGCCCUAUGUCCCAGAGGAUGUGUUCAGACUGAGCCUGGCCAAGGGCGUGUCCAUGUCCCUGCCCUCAUCUCCCCUGCUGCCUCGUCAGUCCUACAUGAUGCCCUUGCGCUCCAGCAAGAGAUCCCCUGGUCCAAUCAGGAAGCCCAAGUAUGUGGAGAGCCCUCGCGUUCCCGGGGACUCCAUCAUCUCAGCGCUAAGGAAAGUGGCUGACAGCAAGACAGAGUCCUCCCACAAUGCAGAGCUGCAAGCUGAGAAAGAGCCAAACUCCUCCUCCCCUGCCACUCAGGAGCUGAUGACAAGGCUGGGCUUCUUACUGGGAGAAGGGAUCCCAGGCACGGCUCGCAUACCUAUGGAAGACAAGAAUGAAAAAAAGUGCUCAGUGACUGGUCAGGGUAUCAGUCCCUGCUCCAGUCUGACCAGUAGCACGACGUCCCCCAGCACAGAGAGCCCGUGCUCCACCCUGAACAGCAACGCCAGCCACAGCCUCAGACACAGCAGCAGUGGUCACGGCAGACCUCCCCUGAGUCACUCCAGCCCCUGUGGGACCAUCACCAGCCCCAGCUCCACACUCGAGAGCAAGGACAGCGGGAUCAUAGCCACCAUCACCAGCUCUUCAGAGAAUGAUGACCGCAGCGGCUCCAGCCUGGAAUGGAGUAAAGAUGGCAGCCUGAGGAGCAGCGCGCACCAUGGCCUGGCUCCCAGCGUGCGGGUCGAUACGUGCUCUCCCGUGGCCGAGGAAGACCCCAGCGGGCCCACAGAGACCACCGCUCUGUCCAGGACAGAGUACCCAGCAGGUGCCGCAGGAGGAGCAGCAGCAGCAGGACCAAGCCACCCACCGGAGGGCCCCGUUCCAUACCCCACAGCACACACCUCCUCGUCCCUCAUGAUGCCACGGCCCAACUCUGUCGCAGCCACCAGUUCGACCAAGCUGGAAGACCUGAGCUAUCUUGAUGAACAACGUAAUACUCCUCUGCGGACGUCCAUUCGGCUGCCCUGGCAUAACACAGGUGGGAGGGCACCACAGGACUCUAAAGCCCGCUUUGCUCCCUACAAGCCGGUGGACAUCAUGCUCAAGCCGCUGCUGUUCGAGGUGCCCAGCAUCACCACAGACUCAGUGUUCGUGGGACGCGAUUGGCUCUUCCAGCAGCUAGAGGACAUGCUGAAGGGCGGCGGUGAGGCCGGAGAGAGCCGCGGCGCCGUGGUCAUAGGCAAUGUGGGCUUCGGCAAGACGGCUGUCAUCUCCCGGCUGGUGGCGCUCAGCUGUCAUGGCGGCCGCAUGCGGCAGAUCGCCUCCAACAGCCCCAGCGCAUCACCCAAAAGUGGUGGUGACACCCAGAGCACAGACCUCCCCCUCAGCCAGCCGCCCCAGCCCACCCCGCCCCCCAGCGCCACCAACACCCUGAGGAACAACAGCUGUCCCGGCACCCCAGAGAUCCAGAGACGCAAGGAGGAGGCCGUCAAACGACUGGCCACCAAGGUGGUUGCGUAUCACUACUGCCAGGCUGACAACACCUACACCUGCCUGGUGCCAGAGUUUGUGCACAGUAUCGCCGCCCUGCUAUGCAGAGCACCCCAGCUCACCGCCUACAGAGAACUGCUGCUGAAGGAACCCCAUCUACAGAGCAUGCUCAGUCUGCGCUCCUGUGUCCAGGACCCUAUGGCAGCCUUCCGUAGGGGCGUGCUGGAACCUCUGGCCAACCUCCGCAAGGAGAGGAAGAUUCCCGAGGAAGACCACAUCAUCCUGAUAGACGGGCUGAACGAGGCAGAGUUCCACAAGCCAGACUACGGAGACACCAUCGCCUCCUUCAUCACUAAGAUCAUCUCUAAAUUCCCCUCCUGGCUCAAACUGCUGGUCACUGUCCGAGUCAACCUACUGGAAAUCACCAGCCUCCUCCCCUUUUCCAAGAUCUCUCUGGACGAAUUCCCCGAGAACAAAGAGAUCAACACGGACCUCAACGCCUACAUCCAGUACCGCAUCAAUGGCAGCAAGGACAUCAUGAACAACAUCUCCCUCAAUGGCAAGGCUGACCCUAUCAUCGUGGGCAAGGUGAGCAGCCACCUGAUUGCCCGCAGCCAGGGUUCCUACCUGUACCUCAAACUGACCCUGGACCUGUUCGAGAGGGGGCACCUGGUCAUCAAGAGCGCCAGCUACAAGGUGGUGCCCGUGUCAUUGGCCGAGCUCUACUUACUCCAAUGCAAUAUGAAGUUUAUGACCCAGUCGGCUUUCGAGCGCUCGCUGCCCAUCCUCAACGUGGCGUUGGCAUCGUUACACCCCAUGACAGACGAGCAGCUGUUCCAUGCCAUCAACGCGGGUGCCGUGAGCGGCGAGCUUCCCUGGGGCGACUUCCAGCAGUGCAUGGAGACGCUGUCCUCUUUCCUCAUCAAACGACGGGACAAGACACGCAUGUUUUGCCACCCGUCCUUCAGAGAGUGGCUGGUGUGGAGGACGGACGGAGAGAGCACCGAUUUCUUCUGUGACCCCAGGAGUGGACACGCGCUCAUGGCCUUCAUGCUGUCACGACAAGAGGGGAAACUGAACCGGCAGCAGACCAUGGAGCUGGGCCACCAUAUCCUUAAAGCACACAUCUUCAAGGGUCUGAGUAAGAAGACAGGCGUGUCGUCCAGCGUGCUGCAGGCCCUGUGGAUCAGCUGCAGCGCUGACGGCCUCUCUGCAGCCCUGGCCUCUCUGAGGAACCUCUACACCCCCAACGUCAAGGUGAGUCGUCUACUGAUGCUGGGCGGGGCCAACGUGAACUACCGGACAGAGGUGCUGAACAACAGCCCGGUGCUGUGUGUCCAGUCCCACUUAGGCCACCAGGAGAUGGCUGGCCUGCUGCUGGAGUUCGGGGCCACCGUCGACGUGGUGUCCGAGAACGGCAUGAGCCCUCUCUCCUUUGCCUCAGCCGCCGGACACCUUGGCCUGGUCAGUCUGCUCUGCAAAAGAGGAGCCAAGGUUGACCAUGUGGACAAGAGCGGUCAGUGUGCUCUGGUCCAUGCUGCUCUGAGGUGCCACCCUGACAUCAUCCACCACCUACUGGAGCUGGAGUGGACCCCCGAGGGCCAGCAGCAGAACUGCAGCCUGAAGAACAAGGCCCUCCAGCAGGCUCUCAUCGCUGCCUCCAGCAUGGGACACACGCAGGUUGUCAGAGGCUUGUUGGUGUUGAAUAACGAGCAUGGCGUGCAAAUUGAUGGCCAUGACACUCUAUGGGGAGAAACAGCUCUGACGGCGGCGGCGGGCCGGGGCAAGAUGGACGUGUGUGGCUUCCUGCUGGAGCACGGGGCCGUGGUGCAGCAGGUCAACCGCAGGGGGGUCUCCCCUCUCUUCUGUGCUGUCAGACAAGGACACUGGCAGAUUGCAGAGCUGCUGCUGCAGCAGCAGCAUGGUGCUGACGUGAACAUCAGUGACAAACAGGGACGGACACUACUUAUGGUGGCAGCGUGCGAGGGCCACCUGAGCACUGCCGACUUUCUGCUGUCAAAGGGUGCGUCGUUGACGUCGAUGGACAAGGAAGGGUUAACGCCCAUGAGCUGGGCGUGUUUGAAAGGACAUAAGAACGUUGUGCAGUUUCUGGUGGAGAAGGGUGCGGUCAUAGACCACACGGACAAGAAUGGACGGACUCCGCUGGACCUGGCCGCCUUCUACGGCGACGCGGAGAUUGUCCAUUACCUGGUGGAGAAAGGAGCCGUGAUAGAGCAUGUAGACUACAGUGGUAUGAGGCCGUUGGAUCGGGCGAUAGGGUGUCGGAACACAUCGGUAGUGGUGACCCUGCUGAAGAAGGGGGCUAAACUGGAACGUCGCCUUAUGAUCGAUCAGGUACAAUCUUUAGGGAAUGCAGCCUGGGCUAUGGCCACGUCCAAGCCUGACAUCCUCAUCAUUCUCCUGCAGAAGCUUAUGGAGGAGGGCAACGUGCUUUACAAGAAAGGGAAGAUGAAAGAGGCAGCCCAGAGGUACCAGUAUGCUCUGAGGAAGUUUCCCAGGGAAGGGUUCGGUGAUGACCUAAAGGCCUUUAAAGAGCUGAGGGUGUCUCUGUACCUCAACCUCUCCCGCUGUCGCAGGAAAACCAACGACUUUGGCAUGGCUGAGGAGUUUGCAACAAAGGCCCUGGAGCUGAAACCCAAAUCGUACGAGGCCUAUUACGCCCGCGCCCGAGCUAAGAGGAGCAGCAGGCAGUUCACUGCAGCCAUGGCUGACCUGCACGAAGCUGGAAAGCUGUGCCCCAACAACCGGGAGAUCCGGCGGCUGCUGGCCCGUGUGGAGGAGGAGUGUAAGCAGAUGCAGCGCAGCACCACCCAGGGCAACCCGCAGGGUGCAACGUCCUCGUCCAACCAGGCUCCGGCGAACCACGACUCUGACCACGAACACGAGGAAGAGGAGGAGGAGGAGGAGGUGUCGGAGCAUAGAGUGGCUGUCAGUAGAGGUCUGGAUGGACAGAACACUCUGAGGUUGAACGAUGUGGAAGAGGAGGAGGGGACUUCUCAGCAGUCUCACCACUCAGAUAGGAGAGGAGAGAAGGGUGAGCCCUGGCCUCAGAAGAUCUACUCCCUCAAUAGAACUCUGCCUGACUCACUCAGUCUGGCCACCCAGCCGCCGCAGCAGCAGAACACCAGGCCUGGCUCACCCCCCUCCGGCCUCACAGGCCCUGGAAGGCUGAGUCACCACCGCUACCCCCCCAGGGAGCCCAGAGAGCCCAUGGCCCAGCAGGGCCUGGUCCUCCAGCCCACCAAGCAGGCCCAGAUAGUGAAAACCAACCAGCACAUGAGCUCCCUGCAGGCAGGAGGCCGCUCCUCGGGGGCCAAGUCCCAGUCCCAGUACGCUCCCUCCAGCCCCCUGCCAAGCCGACACAUGUCCAGCAUGCUAAAGCCAGGUCCAGGGCUAGGCAUUGACAUCAGCCCUCUACCGCCCCCUCCUGACGAGCCCGUCUACGGGGAGCAACGCCUGUCCAUGGCUGCUGCCUCGCAGCCCCAGAACAUGGCUAUGGGCCAUCACUGUGACAGCGAGUCCCUGCACUUGUCCCAGACCACCUACUCUUCCUGCAAGGCCCAGGACCGUCUAUCUGCCCACUCGGUGUCCUCCCUGGACGCACUGACUUCAGUGUCUCCCCAGGGCCUUCUCGACGCUGCAGGGCCAGGCCAGGAGCGGAGGAAGGAGUGCGGGGGUAACGGGGUCUCCCAGGCAUGCUCCCAAGGGGGAGGCAGCAACAUCAGGGUGUCCAGCUCCACCAGCUCCCUGGCGUCCAGCAGUAGCCUGUCUGACAGCGGCAAGCUGCAGGGCCCUGAUGUACGCACCAAAACCACCACAGACAAGGCAAAGCAGGGCCAGAACCAGGGAGGCACGAGCGAGUGGAAACCCAGGCCCUUCAUGGGCAUCAUGGACAAGACGGCCCGCUUUCUUCAGCAGCAACAACAACUGCAGCAGCAACAGCAGCACCAAGGACUCCAGAGCCACCCGGGCCUUCAGCCCCCUACCGGAGCCAUGCGCAGCUGGCAGAGUCACUCCUCGGAGGGAUUAGUGUGCCAAUCCAUGUCUGCCAUAGGCCUACAGGUGACGGGGGCGAACUGUGAGCUACCUUACGCCAAAACAGGGAGCACUUACUACGAGCAGCUCAAAGCUCCAUCUCAGGGUGCUAUGGGGAGCCUGCAGAACGGAAUGCACUCGAAGGAAUUCACAGAGAAGUUCUGCCAAGCAGCCACCUGUUACAAGGAAUCCAAGCCAGCGCUGGCAAUGCCGUCGCACGCUUUUGUGGACAGUAAGCCCAAGCAGCCGAGUUUAGCCCGAGAUAAUCCCGCCAUUCACGUAGCCUCAAUGAAACCAAAGCGAUCAUUCAUAGAGUCAAAUGUGUAGGGAUAUGUAUCCCCCUUCUAUCAACACACACACACACGCAGACACGUGCGCGCAUACCCACACACAGAUACGCACGCCCAUAUACACAACACACACAUGCACAUUGUACACACACUCAAGACACACACACACACACAUCUCUUAGCAAAAAUUCCAAGUGGAGGGAUUGCUUAAGUUUUUACCAGCCCAUCAAAAAAUUGUGUUUUAGGUCUAAACUUUGAAAGAAUUUUGUUCCCCCUGGUGAAUAUCCGUCACAGGCAGCGUUUUGAGUGAAGCAGAAACAGAACGGAUUUCUUUCUUUCCUACUAAUGCAUACGGCUGUUUGCUUCUGUUACAGGACGACAUGCUCCCUGUCAUUCAGCAAAGCUGGAGACAUUGCACUGAGACAGUCAUUGGGCAUGUACUAAUAGACAAAACAGUCCCGGCACUUUACGCAUUUACAUAGGCCUUUAAGUAAAGUGCUUAUACAAUAUAAUGUUAUUACUGAGUUGUUGAAGGUUGAGUAUAAAACAAUAUGUGCAUCCCAAAUGGCACCGUAUAUAGUGCUCUACAUUUGACCAACUCUGGUCAAAAGUAGUGCACUACAUAGGGAAUCUAUGUGCCAUUCGGGACGCAUGCAAUGGGAUUUGAACUGUGUUCAUUGUGUUAAUGGUGCUGAAGGAAGAAUUUUGGAGCUAUAUACAGUGCGUUCGGAAAGUAUUCAUACCCCUUGACUUUGUCCACAUUUUGUUACGUUAGUCUCAUUAUAACAUGUCCCUCAUCAAUCUACACACAAUACCCCAUAAUGACAAAGCGAAAACAGCUUUUUAGAAUGUUUUGCAAAUGUAUUUAAAAAAUAAAAAAACAUGAUCUUAUUUACAUAAGUAUUCAGACCCUUUGCUAUGAGACUCGAAAUUGAGUUCAGGUGCAUCCUGCAUCUAUUGAUCAUUCUUGAGAUGAUUCUACAACUUGAUUGGAGUCCACCUGUGGUAAAUUCAAUUGAUUAGACAUGAUUUGGAAAGGCACACACCUGUCUAUGUAAGGGGUAUUGAGUGUAGAUUGAUGAGGGACAAAAUAAAUGUAAUCCAUUUUAGAAUAUGGCUGUAAUGUAACAAAAUGUGGAAAAAGUCCAGGGGUCUGAAUACUUUCUGAAUGCACCGUAGAUAGAAGAGAUGUAAGGAUAUGUUUGAGGUGGGCAUUCCUGUGUUCUAAGGAUGUUCUAGUUCUUCACGUUGUGUAUAUAAAUAUGUAUUUGUCCUUCUUUUGAGUGAAGGUCAUUGUCAGUGUAUUGACUUGUUCAACUGAUGUGUAUUUUGAGUUUUCUUUUGGUUCAGACGGUGUUCAAGGUUCUAAAAAAUGUAUUUGUUUAUAUGUUUGUACAUUCUAUGAAUCACCCGAUAACGUUAACUAAAUCCUCUCUGUAUCUGCUUAUUGUUGCUGUCUAGGUUAAUUUAUUUACAGCGCCUAUGGCUUGGUUAAUUGUAAAAGCAAUAUAUUUUAUAUAGUUAUUUUUGCACAGCUACUAAGACAUUUUAAGAUUUCAAUAAUAAGCUCUGUGAAAAUAAUAUUGGUUUAAUUGCAUGCCACAAUUGCAGUUUAUAAUAAAGAGAAAAAAUAUUUAAACAAAAAAGGUUUGGGGGAGUGUGGGGCCAUCGAUAAUAUUUUAAUAUGCAUGUUACUUGCAAUGGUUGCUAUGUUUCCAGUAUUGUGAGCUGUGUUACCCAUAAAUCACAUACUGUAAUAGAACAUUACUGCCAUACCCACAAUGGGGAAAUAAAGUCCCACUGAGCAAACA